GGACAAUUUACGGCUCCUAUCUUAGGACCUUACUACGUCAUAAGAUACCGCCACUACCUUAAGUAUUACCGAGACCGACCUCUCGUCAAUAUUUAUUUUACCGAACAAGCAGUAUCCUAUUCAAGGUUAGUAUCUCUGUAUAGAGAAAACCAGCUUUCCCUUAUAGAUUAUAAAAUAGUAAUAAGCAACGUAGCGGCCAAUAAAUCAUAUUAUAUAUUUACUAGCCAACGCGACUAUAAUAUUCUAAGAGAUCAGUCUCUAUCGUAUAAUCCCAGCACACCUAUUCUAGCUAGAGACAAAACGGAGCCUGCAAAUCAGCGGCUCUUUAGAUAUAGCUCUAAGACAGAUGCAGAGCCCGGAAAAUCUAGUCCUAUACCCGUUAUAGAAACACACUCUAUCCAGUCACAAGCCACGGACCCUAUAGCAACUUACAACGGCUAUUCAGAAACGCAGAGCGACAGCAGCGAGGCCGAUUUAAUAGUUUAUUAG